UUGGAUGGUGUCAGUAAGUCACGAGCUUAACUGCCAUUGAUAAUCAAUAAUGGCGUCUAGCAUUCCGCUCCUGGUUUUUGUCGUCGUCUUCUUCCUUCCUCGUUCCGCAGAGUCUCAGGGAGGCACGCCGCCGCUCGUCCCCGGCCUUUCCUGGAACUUCUACGACUCGUCGUGCCCGCAGCUUGAAUCGAUUGUGAGAUCAGAGAUCAGAAGAGCGUUCCGGCGCGACGUCGGCGUUGCUGCCGGAGUUCUCCGCCUCCAUUUCCACGACUGCUUUGUUCAGGGCUGUGAAGCUUCAGUCCUGCUCGACGGCUCCGCCAGUGGCCCCGACGAGACCGACGCGCCGCCCAACCUGACUCUGAGGCCGUCGGCGUUCCAGGCCAUCGACGCAGUCCGCCGCCGUGUGAAUCAGCAGUGCGGCACCGGAGUCGUCUCGUGCUCCGACCUCCUCGCCCUCGCCGCCAGGGACACCGUCGUCCUGUCCGGCGGCCCUGACUACGACAUCCCACUGGGAAGACGCGACAGCCUGGAUUUCGCAACCGUUAACGAAACGCUGCGGAACCUCCCGCCGCCGUUCUUCAAUUCAUCUCAACUGGUGACGUUCUUCGACGCCCGGAACUUCACCGCCACCGACAUGGUGGCGCUCUCCGGCGGGCACACCGUCGGAAUCGCCAACUGCGGAUCCUUCACUCCCCGUCUCUACCCGACCCAGGACCCGACAUUGGGCCAGACAUUCGCCAACAACCUCCGGCUGACUUGCCCGGCGGCUAACGCGACCAACACGACGGUGCUCGACAUCCGAUCCCCGAACGUUUUCGACAACCGGUACUUCGUCAAUCUGAUGAACCGGCAGGGCCUGCUGACGUCGGACCAGGACCUGUACGAGGAUCGGAGGACCAGGGACAUUGUCACAAGCUUUGCAAUAAACCAAACCCUGUUUUUCGAAGCUUUCGUUGUGGGCAUGAUCAAGAUGUCCCAAAUGAGAGUCCUGACGGGGACUGCCGGCGAAAUCCGGGCGAAUUGCUCCGCCAGGAACUCCGGCGGCGCUUUCCUUUCUUCCAUGGCGGGAGCGGACAAGAACGCCUGGUCUGCUGUAUAAUUUAAAGUUUAAACACUCGCUAUCUUGAAGACGAUGAUGUAAGAUAAGAUACCACUGCACGCUGUAAUCUGCUCGCUUGAAUAAUCACGUUUCACCAAUAAUGUUUGAAUCCAA